GGGAACUAACUAUUUACAUGAUUAAUUGAAUACCGAUCCCGAUUACAAAUACUACAAAGUAUGAAUAUGGAAAUGAUUUUCAGCUUAGAUGAGUGUUUCACUCCACAAAAUGACACAACUUAAUGUUGCCAUUCUUAUAUCUUGGAAUUUCAAAGCUUCAGUAUAUAGUUAUCAAUAUCUUCUUCUUUUUCAGGCGCUUCUCCCCAGCCUCGGUAAGGUCCGGGUCCUUCUUGUUGUGACAUUGAUUUUGGCUAUAGCAAAGGGGCAGCUGUUCACCAACCAUCGAGGACCAUGGAACAUAGUCUUCAAACUUCCACACAACGCCAAGCCCAGCGGGUACAGCAGCAUCAUUGCUCUCUGGAAGGCUUCCGGUCACAUGAACGGAGAGGACGUGGACGCAAUGACAGACUUCAGCACCUCCUCCAAGAUUUACAAAUCAAAGUGGCUAGACGACUGGGAAACGAGAAGCUUCUCAGCGGUUCGACUGUCGGCCUAUAAAAACAGCAAAGAGGUCGCUUUCAUUACCUUUAACAGCAUGGGCAAAGGAAAAAAUGAGUGGCUGGACUGCAGUAACAUCAUAGACUCGUCAUAUACUGACGUCACAAGCCAAUCCAAAAACUACUGCUUAAUGGAAUACGCUGAUAACCAAAAGAGGAACUUUUUCGUCAGUCAUUCCUAUGGCGGCUGUCCAAGUGACAACGGUUGGUUCAUGAUGAAAGAUUACGAUUCUCUCAGUGGCUGUACAGAAUGGGAUCAAGUCACUGGGAAACCUUACUUCCUCUAUUCUGGGGAUACGACCAUGGUGAACUGGGCUUCCGGUAAUAAACAGACAGCUGACUGCUUAGUAGUAUCGGUUAUGGCCUGGGACAUGGUGUUCAAAGCUGUUCAGGGCGUGGUCCCUGCCCAGGGAGGACUCCGGCAGUUGUGGAAGUCCAGCGAUACCCUGAAUAGUGACAACCCGAGUGCCCAGACGUUAACACGCUCGCCCGGACUCGUCUACAAGUCAGCUAAUGUGGAAAAGUGGCAGAGUAUCCCGGGAUUCUUUAUUGAGAGUGUGAAAUACGCGUUCUUUACGAACGGUAAAGAGGUAGCCUAUAUUAUUUUUGAUGGCCGUGAUACGGAUAAAAACGGCUGGUACAACGACAACCGUAUCCUGUAUUCAAGAUGGACGGACAUUAUUGGUUACACCAAAGUAGGAUCCUCCAUUGAUGGGGAUAACAUACGACGUUUCUGUGUUUGGAAAGAGCAUGGAGGAUGUCCGAAUGAUAAAGCAUGGAUGGCCAUUCUCGACUCCUCGGACAACAACCAAGCUUGUUCAUGGGACAAGAAUGUUCAAACCAGACCAUAUUUCUUGUACAGUAAAAAAUCAACAUGGGCUCUCUGUGAAAGCGGCGGAAGUUGGAACAGCGCUGAGUUUCCUGCAGCAGAAACGGCCGCCAUUUUCAUCAAAGGUUGGAGAAUGGUGAUGAAGGUAGCGCAUCAGCAGUCCCUCUCUCCCGCCAGCACUGUUUACGGUCUGUGGACAGGUACCUACACUGUUAAUGAAUUUGACACGAGCGCGCUGACCAUUGGUGCAGGAACAAAGACUUACAAGUCCAGUGUGGUUGACAAUUGGUCCAACUACCACAUUUCCGCCGUCCGAGUCAGCUUCUACAAAAAUGGCAAAGAGACUGCCUACACAGUGUUUGACGCUCAUGGUGUUAAGGACAAGAACAGCUGGUUCGAUUGUACCAGGAUUCUCUACACCGCAUACGAUGAUCUUAACAGAUUAAAGGCAGUCUCUUACUGCGGUAUUCCUGGAGAUGGAAGUCUCAACAGACGAUUCUUUAUCCAAAAUAACUAUGGCGGGUGUAAUAACGAUGCUGGUUGGUUCCUUGUUGUGGAGAGUAAUACGUGCGCAUGGGAACAACGGGCAACUCGUCCAUAUUUUAUCUACAGUGGGAAGAGCGGGCGAGAUCUUCAAGACAAUUUCGUCAUUGCUGACGUCUUUUUGAUAUCUGUCGUCAUGGACAACUGUUUUCCAAAUCCCUGUAAAAAUGGAGGCACGUGUUAUGAGGAGGGUAUGGAUUACACGUGCACAUGCAGUGGAAACUGGUUUGGACAGCGUUGUACCGACUUGAAUGGUGUGUGGGCCGACUGGGGAAGCUGGGGAUCAUGCUCUCAGACUUGCGGUCCAGGAACCCAGACACGAAGCCGCACCUGCACAAAUCCUGCCCCUCAGGGAAGUGGCUCCUCUUGUGCAGGGUCAUCCACAUCUUCCCAAUCCUGCCAAGACAUGGUUUGCAUUCCCGAUAUUGACGGUCAGUGGGGACAAUGGAGUUCUUACAGCGCAUGCCCGGUAACUUGUGGUAACGGUGACAGAGUACGCACUCGUAACUGUGACAGUCCAGCUCAGUCCGGUAAAGGCGCGGAUUGUCCAGGUCCCUCCUCACAAGUAUUAGUCUGCAGUUUGUCUCCAUGUGCUGUGGAUGGAAAUUGGGCCAACUGGGGAUCAUGGUCC